AUGCGCACCGUACUCCUCAGUUGUCCUGAAUUCCAUUUGUAUAGGCAUGUGGAUGCGUUUGUACUUCCAUACCAGCCUCCUGUGAAGCCAGAAUUCCGAGCCUACUCUGAUGCGUACAUACAAACAUCAAACCACUCGGAAUUGUCAAUGUUCAACACGAUCCAACACGAUGGAUCCAACACGGCAUAG